UAAGUUUUAAUUUCUGAAAUGUAAAAGUGAAGUUCAGGCUAAACAUACGUUAGCCACCAACGAGAAGGAUGAUUGCUAGUGUGGUAUGUCGUCAGGCUGGUCUCGCUGCUGUUAAAAACAGCGUUCCGGGUGUAACAAAAUGUUUUUCUGUUGCCGGUUUUCAUACCACGACUCCGGAAAGGUCUACAUUGGGUGAAUUUAUUCAAACGGUGAGGUUCAAGUAUUUCAAUAAUAUUCGUCAUAACUUGGACAAUGACAAAUGGGCGAAAAUAUUCGUUGUCGAAGGAAAUAUAAAAUCAGGAAAAGGGGCGUUCGCAAAAGAAUUCGCAGAAAAGUUAGAUCUGCGUUAUUUUCCGUCUGUCGAACCAGAAUACCAAGUAACACACAACUGUCAUCCCGAACAUCUCGAAAGGACUCUGAAUUUGUUUCACACGAUAACUCGACUUUCUUUGGAAGAUUUCUACAAAAACCCACAAGAUUGGCCCCAUAUUGGACGUUACCAGUUGGAAAUGACUUCAGCUCGAUUCAUGCAAUACGCUCAUGCUGUGUGUCAUCUUCUGUGGACAGGCCAAGGAUGUGUUUUGGAACGGGGUUACUUUGGACUCGAAGUAUUUGAACAUGCGAUCAGAAAGUUGAACUUGGUGCCAGAGAAAGUAUUGGAACAUUAUCAUCUGAUGCGGGCUCGCAUGACUCCUGAACUCCUGACACCACAAUGUGUGAUAUAUCUUGAUGUGGAACCAGAACAAUGUCAUGAAAAUCUUCAGAGAAGCGGAAUAGAGUGGGAAAAGCAUAUUCCGCUAGAGUUUUUACAAGCUAUGGAUGAGGGGUACAAUAUGAAGUAUCUACCAAGUGCUCCAACAGCUGGAACCAAAGUCCUGAGAUUUGAUUGGACGAAACCAGAAGCUGUUGAUGACAUUAUUCUUGACUUGGAUGAUAUGCCAACAUUACAGGAAAAGGAAAGCAAAUGGGACAGCCAUCGAGCCAUCUUGAUGAGGUAUAACGACUACCUGGCGGAUCCUCAGAACAUCAAUAAGCUUAUAAAUCACCAAAUCACGCCGGUUGAAGAGUUAUGGUAUCCAAAAUGGGUCCAUUGGGCAACAGAUAACUUCAAUUACUCAAGAACGAAGACAAAUGAUAAGUUCUAUUGGCUUGCAGAGGAACCAGCGCGCAAGUAUUCAUACAAGAAACGAUAUGGAUGGCUUUUCCAUGGACUGAAUCCACCCUGGCGCUAAUCUACAUUAAGACCCCCCUUUAAAAAUUCCCAUGUUUUUCGGUGUUAUCCCCCCCCCAUAUUUCAAGAAUAUUGGACCCCCCUUUAAAAAUUUGCAUAUUGUUUUUUGUUCAACCCCCGCCCCCCUACUAUAAGAGUAUUUGGACCCCACUUCAGAAAUUUUUGUGUUUAUUGAUGUUAUACCCCCAAAAUUUGAAAAACAUUAAAA